GAGGGCCGGGCCCGGCCGGCGGCCUCUCAGUCCUCAGCCUCUUCGCUCCACGUCGUCCCGGCUCCCGGGGGAUGCCCCGGACCAGGUUCCCUUCAUGGCUGCCGACGUUUUCAUGUGUUCGCCGCGGCGGCCCCGCAGUCGGGGCCGCUCGGUGCUGCUCAAGCCUCAGGUGCCAGAGGACGACGACGAUUCGGACACAGACGAGCCGUCUCCGCCACCCCCCUCCGGCGUGGCCACUUCAGCCCGGGCCCACGCGAGCACCGCGCCGCUGCCACCCCGUGCCGGGCCGGGCCGCGAAGAGCCUCCCCGCCGACAGCAGAUCAUCCACAGCGGCCACUUUAUGGUGUCCUCUCCGCACCGCGAGCACCCGCCCAAGAAGGGCUAUGAUUUCGACACGGUCAACAAGCAGACGUGCCAGACCUAUAGUUUCGGCAAGACCAGCUCCUGCCAUCUGUCCAUUGAUGCUUCGCUCACCAAGCUCUUCGAGUGCAUGACCCUGGCCUACAGUGGGAAAUUAGUGUCUCCAAAGUGGAAAAACUUCAAGGGCCUGAAACUCCAGUGGCGGGACAAGAUCCGACUCAACAACGCCAUCUGGCGGGCAUGGUACAUGCAGUACUUGGAGAAACGCAAGAAUCCUGUGUGCCACUUUGUCACUCCGCUAGAUGGCUCUGUUGAUGUCGACGAGCACCGCCGGCCAGAGGCCAUCACCACGGAGGGCAAAUACUGGAAAAGUCGCAUUGAGAUUGUGAUCCGGGAAUAUCACAAGUGGAGAACCUACUUCAAGAAAAGGCUACAACAACACAAGGAUGAGGACCUCUCUAGUCUGGCCCAGGAUGACGACAUGCUCUAUUGGCACAAACAUGGAGAUGGCUGGAAAACCCCAGUCCCCAUGGAGGAGGACUCACUGCUGGACACAGAUAUGCUCAUGUCAGAAUUCAGUGACACCCUCUUCUCCACACUUUCUUCACACCAACCGGUGGCCUGGCCCAACCCACGGGAAAUAGCACAUUUGGGAAAUGCAGACAUGAUCCAGCCAGGCCUGAUCCCUUUGCAACCCAACCUGGACUUCAUGGACACCUUUGAGCCUUUCCAGGAUCUCUUCUCUUCCAGCCGAUCCAUUUUUGGCUCCAUGCUGCCUACACCUCCGUCAAUACCUGCCCCAGAUCCCAGCAGCCCGCCUUCUCAGGGGAACAUCUUGCCAAAUACAGCUCUUCCCACUGUGAGCCUGCCCAGUAGCCUCAUUGACUCUUCUGCAGCCCCCUCCCUGAAUCCCUCAGAUGGGCAGGGUUGUGAACACACCUCCCAGACUGUGGACCCAUUUAUUCAACCUGCAGACUUUGGUCCCUCUGAGCCACCACUGAGUGUCCCACAGCCCUUCCUCCCUGUCUUAACUAUGACCUUACUUUCCCCUGGCCCUGCCCCAGCACCUGUCCCAGCUGCAUUGCCAUUAGUCUCCCCUCCUGCCUCUACUCUGAGCCCUUCAACCCCACCAGCUUUCCUGCAGCCUCAGAAGUUUGCUGGAGUCAGCAAAUCAACCCCUGUAAUUACCCACACAGCCUCUACUACUCUUACCCAUGAUGCUUCUGCUACCACCUUCAGCCAGAGCCAGAGUCUUGUUAUCACAGCACACCACCCAGUCCCCUCAUCAUCCCCUUGUGGUCUGGCACUGUCACCUGUACCCCAGCCACCAGUUGUGGGAGCUCCCCAGCCUCAUUUAACUUUUAUACACCCCAAGCCCGUGUCCUUGACUGGAGUGAGACCCAAGCAACCCCCCAAAAUAGUGCCUGCUCCCAAACCUGAGCCGGUGUCCUUGGUAUUGAAGAAUGCCUGCAUUGCUCCAGCUGCCUUCUCAGGCCAACCACAAAAGGUGAUCAUGACAUCAGCCCCUCUGAAGAGAGAAGGGAUUCUGGCAUCUACUGUGUCCCCAUCCAAUGUGGUCAUUGCUUCUGCUGCUAUCACCAGGGCUUCUGGAGUCACAGAGUUCCUCAGCCACAGUACAAGUAGCCAGCCUACCCCUGUCUCUCGGCUCUUCUCUCCAAGUACAGUGCAAGACUCUCUGGUGAAGGGCGAGCAGGUCCCACUGCAUGGGGGUAGUCCCCAGGUCCCUGCCACAGGCUCUAGCCGUGACUGCCCCAACUCAGGACAAGCCUCUCCAUGCCCAUCAGAACAAAGUCCCAGUCCUCAGUCUCCCCAGAACAACUGCUCAGGGAAAUCUACAGACCCCAAAAAUAUGGCUGCAUUAAAGAACCGACAGAAGCAUAUCUCAGCUGAACAGAAAAGGCGUUUCAAUAUCAGGAUGGGCUUUAACACCCUGAACAGUUUGAUCUGCAAUAAUUCCAAGCAGACUAGCCAUGCCAUCACACUGCAGAAGACCAUGGAGUACAUCACCAAGCUGCAGCAGGAGCGGAUGCAGAUGCAAGAGGAGGCCCGGAGGCUUCGGGAAGAAAUUGAGGAGCUCAACACCACCAUCAUCUCCUGCCAACAGCUGCUCCCUGCCACAGGAGUCCCUGUCAGCUGCCGCCAGUCUGACCACAUGAAAGAAAUGUUUGAUGAAUAUGUGAGAAGUAGGAUCCUGCAGAAUUGGAAAUUCUGGAUUUUCAGCAUGAUCAUCAAGCCACUGUUUGAGUCUUUCAAGGGAAUGGUGUCUACCAGCAGCUUGGACGAGUUUCACCGAACGGCGCUUUCCUGGCUGGACCAGCACUGUUCUUUGCCUGUCCUCAGGCCAAUGGUGCUGAGUACCCUCCGGCAGCUGAGCACCACCACCUCCAUCCUGACAGACCCAUCCCAGCUGCCAGAGCAGGCAUCAGAGGCUGUUUCCAGGAUUGGCAAGAGAUUGGGGGAAUCCUAAGAUUAGUUGGCAUGUGGCUGCAUGAGAUGCCUGAAGACCCCCCUGUACCCUUCCUGAUGCACGGCCUCAGGGCUCACUGCGCCUAUCAAGACGAUGCUGUGCUCAGGUCUGAAGCAGGCUGGGGCCUGCCCACAGCAGUGUCCCAUCUUGGGAACCUAGCUGUGCCCUCUCACUCAGUGACUCAAUCAUAGUCUCCCCUGCAUGGGGCCCAGACAAAGGGAAACAUCAGCUGUUCUGCUCCUGCCCUCCUGGUGGCCUACUGGGGUCCAGGGCUAGCAAGUGCAAGACAAGGGACAAAGCCUAGUCCUGCAGGUGGUAUCAUCCAGGGUCCUCAGGAUUCCUUUCUUGAGACUUAGAGAUUUGGCCCUGUCACAUCAUUAUCCACUUGUGCUCCUCUGGCAACCCCUGCACACUUUUGACCUCUGUAGCAGCAGUGAUUCUUCCUCUCCAUCUCCUGCGGGGCAGCACCUGACCUCUGGGCUACCGCUCUGACCUCUGCAGAAAGGAAUGUGCCUCCUCCCUGGUGUAUCCUAUUGAAGGGGAAACUGCCACCAACCCCUGAGCACACAGGGAGAGUAAUGGGUGUGGAAGCCAACUGGUCAGGACAGUGGUGCAUGCAGUGCACUCGGAGACCCUCCAAGCAGUGUCAUAUCUGUUAUGUCUCAGUCCUACCUGGCAUCACAGUCACCAUGAAGUUCCCAACAUUGCCUUGGCCUUGCCUCCCAGCUGAGGCCCUUCCGUGCCUGUUUCUGCCCACUUUACUCUGCAGUUAUGGAGGAGGCAAGUACACUCCAGGGACUGUCACCUUUGGUUCUAGCAUUAGAAAGGUCAGACUCCAUGAUGCUGCUGUCAUCCUGAUCAUUUUAUCUGAUAUUUAGCUGGGAGCUCCAAAACAGGACAGUUCUCAGACCAAAGAUGUCACCCUACUAAAGAAGUCUGAACAACCUUGUGUGAGGAAGAAGAAACAGCUGACAGGCAGGAUGCCAAGGAGUUAGCCGGUGAAGCUGUCUCCAGGCUAGAUGGUAAAGAGCUGUGCUCAGAUUUGAACCAGUGACGCUUGGAAGGUGACGUGUGUCUGAAGGUUCAAGUGCCCUAGUGUGCGUGUUACAGUUGGUAGAGACAGGGAAAGGUUGGGGGAGAGGGCACUUGACCCUCAUCCUUCUCCUUGCUGCCUCUGAGAUGCCGCAGGUGGUGAGGUACUCUCUCCAGCUCUCAGGGAGCCCAGUCAAGGGCACCUCCCGGGAAGAAUGUGCUUUUUCUCCUGCUGUGACACCUAGAGCAGGCAGCGGGCUUUCCUUUGAAUUCUGUCCUCGCCCCUCCUCACCGUGCUGCCUGUCCUGAGGGGACCACGUGAAGCCGAGAGCCCAGCCCGUCCCCUGAAGUUCUGAUUCAUUGGGAGCUCCUGCUGUUGGCCGAGGCCUGCCCUGGACUAAAUAGGUGGAGAACAAAGAAAGGCUAGGGGCUGUUGACUGUGCCACCGUUGAUGCUAUGAGCCCCUGACCACAUGCUUGCUCCAUUGUCUAAUUUCUGUCCUGUUUGGGAAUAGCAUGGUGGCCCUCCUCAGCUGACCCCAAAAAGCAUGUUUACAGGUUGAAGGAUGAGCACAAGGCACCUGGGCUGAGCCUUGGAGUUUCCACCAGGCACCCCUUCCUUUCCCCAAAACAAGGUGAAAUCAUUCUUCAGAAGAUGCAGGCCACUGUGGUAGAAGGAAAAACUAAACCGCUGCUGUGAGGGCCUCGAGAAGCCCAGCCCUUCCUCCUCCCAUGCACGUGACAUGGGCCAUACCAUGGACUCCAGGUUCUCUCUGCGCUUGCUGGGGAGUAACCUUGUUUUUAAAACUCUGUGGGUAUAAGAUUGGCUUUUUGCUUCUCUUGCCUACCUCUCCACCAUUUUGCUGAGUUAAUCUCAUCCUGUUUCAUCAGACGUUUUAAGGCUGUUAGAUUGUGUAAAAUUGGGGUGAGAGAGGAGAGUGAGAGAGUGUGUGCGUGUGUGUGUCUGCGUGUGUACAUGCAUGUGUGUCUCUCUGUGUGUGUCCUGGUAGACUUUAUUAGGUGCAUUUUUUUUUUGUGACUCCAUUUUCUUUUUCUUGGUGCUCACUUAGGCCGUGGCUGUGAGGUCAUGAUGCUUUAAAGUCUCCAGGAAUGAUUCUACCUUAGAGAUUUUCUUGUUUUGAAAUCUUGCCUGAUGAACCUGGCCAAUCAGAGGGUCCUAGCCUUGACUUCUGUCCUGGACACCAAGGCCCCUGUGCUGGGGGUCUCCCUGGGUGCUGGCCACACUGUUGGACCAGGCUUGUUUACAGUUCUUUCACUCCCAUUCCUGUCCCCACUCAUGUGGUAGAAACUUCAGAAUGUUGCUGCUUUGGAGACUAAGAAUAUUGGCCUGAAAGGAUAACCCACAAGGCCACCUGGGAAAUCUCUGCAAGGGUUUCCGUGAAAUCUUCACAAGCCAUCAGCGCUGUUCUGUCUGUUCUUUCACUAUGAGUGGGGCCUGCAGAGGCAGGGAGCUCUGGCUGAAGGGCUUCCUCAAAGUUAGCAGAAGUUAUGCACCAGUUGUCCACCCUCGGGAGAGGCUAGCCACGCUCCAGUGGCUUUGCACAGCACAAAGGAAACACUGCAGCUUUAGAACUUGUUGAUAUACUGGGUCUUGUAAAGGAGUCUGGAAGUGAUGAGCCAGCACAGAUUCUCAUGUGACCCAGCCAUGAACCCUGGAUGUUGUCAGUGUUCUCAGGACCUGUUACCUCCCAAUAGUCCCCCCCACCCAACAUACAUACUUUAGAGAUCUGUCCUCAGAUCUGUGCCCUGGUGAAGAGUGACAUCCCUGUAGAUUCCUAGAGGACAUGGCAUCUAUUCGCUGGUAUCGUCCAGUGGCGGAUGGCACUGCCUGCCUGCUGGAUCACCUGGCCUCGGUUCAGCCUCUCCUCCGUUCACUUACUCUUGUCUUCCUUCUACACUGUCAGAGAUCCCUUUCUGUUAUUUUUUUUUCUUUUUUUUUUCGAAACAGGGUUACUCUGUAGCUUUGGUGCCUGUCCUGGAACUAGCUCUUAUAGACCAGGCUGGCCUCGAAUUCACGGAGAUCCGCCUGCCUCUGCCUCCCGAGUGCUGUGAUUAAAGGCGUGCACCACCACUGCCCUGCCCCCUUUCUGUUUAUUCUAACCUGGCUCUUCAAGACUUUUAGUCCUACUACCUGAGGCGUUCUGAGAGACCCUGGGUGUGUGCGGGGCUCUCCCUUUUCUCUCCUGAGGGUAGAAAUUGCCUCUUAGACACCUAGAGACCAGGGCACAGUUGAAACCCACCAGUGUGUGUGGAACUUGGUUUUUCAGUGUAUAGUCCUGCUGGCAAGGUGUGUGGACAGUGAUACAGGAAUAGUCACCUGGAGUGCUGGUGUUGCCAAGAAGUGCAACUUUGAUCUCAGUCCCUUGAUGCUGUGUAGUGUUUCAGAGGACCUGUUUCUGGGUCUGCGCAUGUCUGGAAGGAAGGGAAAGUGAGGUUGCAGUGGAAGAACAUGGAGCUCAGGCGUGUGUGAUGUGUGUUCCUCCAGCACACACCGUGCCUAGGACCUACUGAGCAGGUUUUGAGAUUUUUGUUUGUUUUUUGGUUUUCCAGGGAGGGUUUCUCUGUGUAGCUUUGGAGCCUAUCCUGGAACUCACUCUGUAGACCAGACUGGCCUUGAAUUCACAGAGAGCCACCUGCCUCUGCCUCAAAAGUGCUGGGUUUAAAGGCAUGUGCCCCCACUGCCUGCCUAGGUGUUGUGAUCUUAAAACCCAUGGGCAGCUGGUGGGAGACACCAGCAGUGUGAGAAAAGCCUUAGGAAACAGCCCCCACCCUGUGCCGCCUCUUCAGAUGUGGGCAAGAACAGGUCAGCUACCAGCUUUCUGAGGAAUGGACCUCCCUGCUCACUAGGUAGGCCUGACUGCUGUCAGAGCUUGCCAGACUCAACCUUCUGGGAAGAAAAGGGAACUUUCCAUAAUGAAUGAUAACGUGUGUGUGCACGCGCGCUUGCUCAAGCCUGUGUGUGUGUGCAUGUGUGCUUACUUUGUGGAAUUUUAUUUUUGUGAGAUUCCUUUCCAGUUAUUUAGCAGAAUUCACCUAUAUCUUUCCGCCAAUUUUUGUUCCACAAUUAUAACCCUAGGCAUAGUGAAUUUGGAAUUCCUUUGGGAUUUCUAGUCUGGCAUUCUCAAGAACUGAGAUUGCGGAAGGGAGGGAGACACUGACAUUUCCUAGUUUACAUCCUGCAGGUUAAAAGGUCUCAUGGCCUCAACCAGUCUGUGUCUCUCAUGGGGGAAUCCAGUAUCUCACCCCCAGGUACCUUGUCACCUGGAUCCUCACCCUGUAAAGGGAAAGCAGGCUUGUUUGCCUGCUCUGCAGUGCCCCAGCUGAAGCAGCAUGUUCUCCUUCAAGUCCUUGAGGUUUCAGCUUCUGUGCACAGGCCGAGUGUCUGUCCUGUGCUUUGGUGAUGGUGUAGGGCUCCUUUGAGGAGGCCGCUACUCCUGGGUUAGGGUGGGCUCCACUUAAACCAGAGAUCCUUGGGACUGCUCCCCGAGCUGGUCCUCUUGAUGCCCUGCUGUUGACAGGCACGUUUCCACCAGCUGUACCGAACACUACAAUGCAUUUUUAAAACUAUAUUUGCAUCUAAGACAAUAAAUAGACUUAUUUUUUUUGGAAA